AUGCCUGGAUCCAGCCAUUCACAUUCCGACCUCCCGCUUUCGGACACUUUAUCAGCCCGAUCCUAUCUCGAGCUUGGUCGCGAUGGGUUCCAGGCCCAACUCCAGCUCCAAUCUCGACCUGCAGAAGAUAUUCCGACCGGCAUCUCCAAUCCCACGGCAUCGGGAGGGUUGAUCCAGGCUAUAGUCACGCCAGGCCCGCACCCGCACCCGCGUCCGCACGAACGACGGUCAAUCCACAAAGAAGCGGAGAAGACUGAACCAACCGCAGAUACCAAGGACCCGCCUCACGAAACGGAUCGACCGGUGCGAAAAAGAGGUCGACCAAGAAUCGAGACCGCAAAGGACGCAGCGGCAAUUGAAGAACGUCGCUUGCAAAUCAGGCGGGCUCAACGCACAUAUCGCCAGAAGAAGGAGGCAACCAUUCAGACUCUGAAGACCCGCGUGGAACAACUCGAACAGACCCUCCAGAAUGUUUCAGAUCUGCUGACAGCGGCCCCGGAAGAGUUUGACAGCCUUACUAGCCCAAUUGACCUCUCGCGUGCGCGGCAAUUGGCGCUAGCGGAGAUUCACAAGGCUCGUGAGUUCCCGGCAGAAGUCGGCGAUCCACUGGGACAGACGACAGAGUCGCUGCGCGAUAUAUUCGGAUACGAAGUUUCCCAUGACCGGAGAAACGCCAACGAGGAUAAUCCAACGUUAUCUAAGCAUGCACAACGACAAAGAAAGAACGCCACAUACCCGGGAUACCCCCAUCCACGAUCCCCAUCCCCAUUGCUCAACCGCCUCUUCCCAUCCACAACCAUCUAUACCUACAGUUACCAAGAAUCCUGCUUGUCCAGACGCCUGCAACGGUUCUGUCUAGAACACACAUACCGAUGGCUCUCAGAUCCAAACUCCGAGCCCCCGCUCAUGAGCCGUGUCUUCGGGCUAUUUCCCUGCAUCCAAGAUAUGCCCGGCGUGCGACGUACCUCCCGGCGCGUCCUGCAAUCUGAGAUUGGCGGGCCACUGGAAAUAACCAAAGUACCUUUCUACACGCUCGGUGGUGCGGGUAUGCAUUAUCCGCGCUCGAAUGAAGAUGGAGAACCCGUUUACCCGGUGAACAGGCGCCGACCCGGGAAGAUCCUGCGGAGACUAGCGGGGAUUCUGCGGAGGGGCGGGAUCUCUGACUGGGACGAAGAUUGGAGUGGUGACUUGGAGCCGGAUGUUGGCGAUAAGCAGGGCGAGGAGAUUAGGGCUCUGAGCGAGGAGGAGCGUCUGCGCUUUUUGGAUCUCGACGGGGAUUGGUUCGAUUGCCAUGAUGUGCAGGGGUAUCUUGAAGACCGGGGGUUUAUGCUGGAGGGCUCGUCGGUGUGGUUGGAAGUCCCGGCCGCGACGGUUGGAGCCCUGUAUGGCUUUUCGCCAGACAGUGGUUCGGAUUACUGUGCAUCACAGUUGUAUGUCUCCCCCGGAGAGAUUUCUUCUAGUGAUUUGAGCGGGUCGCAGGAUCUGGGGGUGUCGACGUCGAAGUAUACCCUAAACGUUGAAUGCUUUUUCGAUUUGCUACUGUCCAACCUCAGGAUGCUCGGCCGAGCCCCCGGCUUCCGCCUCUGGGACGUGGAUGCUGCACUCCGCUCGGCAAUCCACCGACGAUCUUUCUGA